AUGGAUCACAUUACUGCUUUAGAAAAUAAAAAUGAAGAACUUGAAUAUAAUGCAAGAAGACCUAGCAAAAAAAAAGAUCUAGAUAAAAAACAUAAAAUACACAAAAAACUUUAUACAAAAUAUCAGGAAUCUAGUUCAGAAAGAUCAAGCUCUAAAUAUGAAUCAGAUGAGGUAUUUUACAUUACUGAAUUUUUUGAUAAUGAAUGA